AUGGGCAGCGAAUGCCUUGUAGAUGACCUUCCACGUUCCCAGCUCGAAGUGGAUGAGGCGCAAGGCAUUCAGCCGACACUUCCCUUGCGCGGGUCUUUAGCCGAGGGUCUGGCUGCGCGAUUCGAAAGCUUCAGCGACAGGCCGUGUCUCGGCAAGCGUACUGGCGAUGCAUAUCACUGGAUUUCCUACGGCAGAGUCUAUUCUGCAGCCAAAAAGAUCUCCGGUGCUCUUCAAUCGAAGCUCCCACCGGGGUCUUUGGUGGGCAUCUGUGGUGUCAACAGCCUCAACUGGUUCCUGGCCGACCUGGCAGCGGUCUGCGCGGGCGUCGGCUCAGUUCCACUGAGCGAGGAUUGGGAUUUGGCAAAACUUCGCCCAGUAGUGGAGAGGUGUGAGCUUUCUGCUGUGUUCUGCGACGGAUCGCAGCUUCCGAAAUGUCUGGCGCUGCCGUCACUCAGGUGGAUCAUCCUCAUGGAUGGUGGCGAACAUGCAAGCGAGAGCUUGGAGGGCUCGUGCCGCAUCGUUUCGAUGGACUCCUUGGCAGUCGCCCAGCCGGAGCUGCCCAUAAGGGUCCGAGGACCUUCAGACGUCCACACCAUCCUCCACACCUCGGGAACCACCGGUCUGCCCAAGGGAGUGGUCUACAGCGAUGACCUGUGGCAGAAGAACAUGGUUAUGUAUCCUGGCCUCAAUGUGGGCUACUCGUACAUGCCGCUCGCCUACAUCACGGACCGUCAUACAGUGUACACAGCGCUCUGGAAUGGUGGACGUGUGGGAAUCCGAACACCGGGUUCUACCGAUGAAAUCUUUCGUGACCUCCAAGCUCUGCGGCCAACGGUUCUGAAGGGCGUGCCCGCCUUCUGGGAGAGAGUGCAACGGGCGGCGCGGCUGGUGCAGGAUCGGUCGCUCCACUUGCUGGGUGGGCGCUGCCGAGUGUUGAUAUGCGGCGCGGGCGCGCUGGAUGCUGGUGUGGCAGACUGGUUUCGCAGCUGCGCGUUAGACAGUGGCCCUGUGGAGUUCCUGGAGAUGUACGGAGGCACGGAAUGUGGGAACAUCGCGGUCAAUCGAAGGAUUAGCAAGGACAUCGAGUACAAGGUGCUGCCGUAUGAGGACAUGGAGCCCGGCUGCGGCGAGUUGGUGGUGAAGACAGGAAGCAACAUGUUCUCAUGCUACUACAAGGAGCCAGAUCGAACUGCAGCUGCCUUCACGGAGGAUGGCUUCUACAAGAUCGGGGACCUCGUGCGUGUAGAGGGUGAUCAGAUCGAAGUGAUCGGUCGUGCAAAGAGCUCCAUCAAGCUGGCGACGGGCAAAUGGGUCUUCCCGGAGUCCUUGGAGAUCGCCUACAGGACAGAGCUGGACGCCGAGAAUGUCCGGCACGUCUUCGUUCACGGCGACCUUCACCACGACUCUUUGGUCGCUGUAGUCGACGCGGAGUCGAAGAACUUGGACCCCCAGCAGCUGCUGCAAAAGCUGCGCAGCUGCCGCCCUGCACCACUGUGCGCGGUGCUUCUCGCCGAAGAGCCGUUCUCGCAAGAAGCAGGAACGCUGAACGGGACAGGGAAGCUGGACAGAAAGUGCCUUCUGUCAAUAUAUGGAGCUGCAAUCGAGGAAGAGCUGCAGAGGAGUGCCGCUACUGCCGCGCGAGCCUCACUGGGCGAGAUGGACGCGGCCAAGAGCUUCAAGACGCAGGGCGGAACUUCCCUGCAGGCGGCACGAAUUGCACGGCUCUACCUGGAGUUGGGCGUCCCGAUGACCCGGGCAGUUCAGCUGCUACUCUCGGACGCGCCGCUUGACCACGUCCGGUCGCAGUUGGAGGAGGUGGAUGCCGUGGCGGAUUCAAAGCUCGAACUUCCGAAGCCGCAGGCGCGAAAGCGUCAAGAAGGCUUGGAGUACACGCUGCUCACAGGUGGCACCGGCAUGGUCGGGCGCUACAUCCUGGCGGAGCUCUUGGAAAGGAGGAGACCGGUGCUUUGCCUCGUGCGCGCGGCUUCGGAGCAGCAAGGGCGGCAGCGACUGGCCCAAGCACUGACGCAGUGCGGUCGCUACCGGCCAGAAUGGUGGCCGCAGCUCGUGGUGUCGACGGCAUCUCUGACCAAGCCCUUGCACCUGAGCCUGUCGGUCAAAGAUGUCAUCCAUGCAGCUGCGAAGGUAGAUCUGAAGGCACCUUAUGCGGCCCACAGAGCUGCAAAUGUGCUUGGUACCUUCAACGUGCUGAGCUAUGCGGCGACGGUUGGCGCCAGAGUCAUCUUCGUUUCCACGACGGAUGUUUACAAGGACAAGGCCCAGGCGGAUGCCUGCGCCGUGGAGCCGGUGGAGGAGGUCCUCAAAGACGCGAGGCAUGGCUAUGCAGCAUCCAAGGCGGUUGGGGAGGCUCUCGUCGCGCAGGCCCUGCGCCAAGGCUUAUCUGCCUGCACAGCGCGGCUUGGCAUGGUUGCUGGGGACCGGCUGACGGGGUAUUGUUCCGCGACAGAUUUCACCAUGCGCUUGACGAUCGGAUUUGCUCAUGCGCAGUCCUUCCCGCAGACGCAGGAGCACCACACGGCUGUGCACUCGCUGCCUGUCGAUGUUGUGGCUGCUGCACUGGUGGAUUUGUUAGAUUCGUCCGUGCAGGGGGCCGCCAACAUCGUGAGUGGCGCGCCCCUCAUGCCCAUGGCAGAGCUGCAGCAGUGGCUGCUUCGGUCGGAGAUGCCCGAGUUCAGCCAAUUGCUCGUGCUACCGUUCCCGGAGUGGAUCCGAAAAGUAGAAGCAGAGGCGCAGUUGUCCGCGUGGCCGGUCAUCGGAUGGGCAAAGGGCCAUGCAGAGUUUCCGGUUUUCAACACACGGUGCCCCGAGCUCAACGCUCCUUGGGCGCGGCAAGAGACUCUGGAAGGUUUGCGCCGGGGCUUGGAUGAGGACACGGCGACAUGUCUUCUCACUUCGUUUUCCAUCUUCUUCACCAGACUGUUUCCGAAGGAUGCUCCGCUUCAUCUUCGUUUCAGUGCCUCUUGCACCAAAGUCACCGCGGCGGUCGCUUCGGGCAGUCGCGGCUGCUGCGCCUCGGAUCGCAAUGGGAUCGUGUGUCAUUACCUGAUGCUUCGCUACAGCAACGUCUUGACUGGGCCACCAGGGUCAGCGCAGCUCGCGCCAUGCGGCUGGGGUACUGAGUGGCGCUCCCGCUGCAAUUCCGUUCGCAUGCAGGGUCUUCAUCCGACUGCUGUAAGCUAUGCCAUCCUGGAGAGGAGUUUCUGGGACGCCGAGCUCCGCCACGCCCUGCACGCGCGGCUGCGGGGUGGACUGGGAGGGCGCUGCCAUGAUGACAGCCGUGUGGAGUUCCUCCUGAGGAAUCGCGACAGGCUUGGAGAGAUGGAUUGGGACCGCCUCUCACAGGGGUCCGUUCCGGCCUCUCUGGACGAAGCUGCGCUGUAUCCGAUGGGCUUGGAGAGCCGCUUUGCCUAUCUCUUCGACUCACCGCGCCGUGGCUGGAGUUUUUGGGUCGGUCGCUACUGCAACCGACCUUUGCUUUCGAAGCUGAGGACGCGAAGCCAUGUCACGACGGCCCUUGCCUCGCAGGCAACUGCCGAGGACGAUGCGGAGCGCCUCAGAGCACAGUGGGAGGCACGUGGAUCGCAAGUGAACCAAAGACCUCUUCCGUCUUCCCGACCUCCGACCUUUUUGUGCUGGACCCUUGCGAUCGGUGAGCCUGAGCUACAAGACUUGCUUACGACGUGGUUCUUGGAGGAUGACGACCUCGUCCAGUGGCAGAACCUCACAGAGGCCUUGGAGCGCUCCGAGGCCGAAACGGAGAUGUGGCGUUGCAAGGCGAGGGGAAAAGGGGGCUGCGCAGCGCAGGGCUGA